CUCUCUCUCACUCACACACACACACUCACUCACUCAUUCUCUCUCUCUGCUCUAAAUUAUAUACUUAAUGAGUUUCAUAUAUGAAAUGGAUAGGCAUACAACCUUUCGCCACAAUAUAUCAUUGGGAUCUUCCUCAAGCCCUGGAAGAUGAGUAUGGUGGCUUUCUAAGUCCUCGUGUUGUGGAUGAUUUUAAAGAUUUUGCAGAGGUUUGUUUCAAAGAAUUUGGUGAUAGGGUUAAGUAUUGGUCGACCAUGAAUGAGCCAUAUAUAUUCAUAGUAAAUGGUUAUGACUCGGGUGCAAUGGCUCCUGGACGUUGUUCUUCUUGGAUGAACAAUGACUGUCCUGUCGGCAACUCCGCCACAGAGCCUUACAUUGUUGCUCACAUCAUGCUCCUUUGCCAUGCCCAAACAGUCAAAUUAUACAGGCAAAAGUACAAGCUGCACCAGAAAGGCGAAAUUGGCAUAGCUCUUGUGUCUCACUGGUUUGUGCCAUACUCGAAAAGCCAAGCUGAUAAGAAAGCAGCUCAACGAGCCCUUGAUUUUAUGUAUGGAUGGUUUUUGGAGCCAUUAACAUAUGGAGAUUAUCCAAAAAGCAUGCGCGAUCUUGUUGGAAAACGCUUACCAAAGUUCACACUCGAAGAAGCUAUGAUGUUGAAGGGCUCCUUUGAUUUUUUGGGACUCAAUUACUAUACUGCAAAUUUUGCUGCUGAUCUUCGUUCUUCCAAUACUGUUAACAAGAGCUUCUCAACAGAUUCUCAAACUAAGCUUACAACUAAGAGAAAUGGAAAAUUCAUUGGUGAUCCGACAGAUGUAAGUAUCUUUUAUGUGUAUCCAAGAGGGCUUAGAGAUGUUCUUGUCUACACCAAGCAAAAGUACAAAAAUCCAACUAUUUAUAUCACAGAAUGUGGAAUGGGCGAUGCUAUUGAUUCAGUAAAGCAAGGGACCAAUGAUCCAAAAAGGAUAAAUUUUUACCGCCGUCAUCUUUUAGCCGUUAAGCAAGCUAUUACGGAUAAGGUUGACGUGAAGGGCUUCUUCCCAUGGUCAUUUUUAGAUAAUUUUGAAUGGGGUUCUGGAUACACUCAAAAGUUUGGUUUAGUUUACGUGGAUCGCUCAGAUGGACUAAGAAGAUAUCUCAAGAAUUCAGCCCUUUGGCUCAAGAAAUUCCUUCAGUAGUUCAACUACGAUUGUAUGUUUCAAAAAUAUCUUUUAAUUGAUAUUCUGAAAAUAAAGACGUCAUGAGCCCCAUCAUGUUGAAUUGUGAAAUGAAAUAAUCGUAUUAAGUAUAGAUAAGUUAUCUUCAAAAUUUUCUGCAA